AUGCUGAACCGCACCACCCACGAGCUCAUCUUCAUCCGCAUCUGUGUCAUCUUUCUCAGCUGCGCUCCUCUGUUCUACAUCGUCUUCCUGCCGCUGCCGCUGGCUGCCCUCGCCCUAUCGCUGGAGCUGGCCUACUACCUGUUCAUCCUCCGACGCUUCAAGACCCGCCUCGCAGGACAGGCAGACCACCCCCCAGACACCCGCCAGGAGAGGGAGGCUCUCUUCCAGCGAUGCCUCCAGAACAUCCCCGACCCAGAGAGAUAUCUGAGCCUAUGGGCCCACGGCGCCGAUCCUGCCGAGAUCAAGAGGGAAAAUCUUCGCGAGUUCUUCCUGUGGGCGUUCUUCGACCGUCAGCAUGACUGCCCUGACGACGCGGACAUCCAGGACGAGCUGGAGGGCUACAUCACUGGGACAGAGGCCCUACUCGGCCGUACGCUCGCCCCUGGCAGGGGUUCCGCUAGAUCUCUGCGGCUGACCUUCGACGACAUCCCCACCCGGUAUCGCUGCCUCCUCUGGUACCUCAUCGUUGCCCUUGUGGACUCGGCCACCCACCUCCGCAUGUUGCGCCGCGGUUUUCACUUCUACGCUGCCCCUGCGCCUCAUGCCAGUGUCUUUCACGUCUUUCCCCCUCGCCCGCUGGUAUCGAUGAGAUGGCCCGACAGGCGCUUCUCGGCCGGCGAGCUCAACUACUGGUAUCGACCCGCUGCAACCACGGCCACCACUGGCGGAUCUACCACUCGACCCGUCGUCUUCCUCCACGGCAUCGGGAUCGGCUUGUACCCCUAUGUGCCCUUUCUGAACGACCUGCCACCGACGAGCCCCGUACUGGCCGUGGAAAUACUGCCCAUCUCUAUGCGCCUGACCAAGACCAACAUCCUGGCCAGGCCAGACUUCGUCCGACAGCUCAAGGCCAUCCUGCACCAACACGGGAUCGACUGCUUCGUCCUGAUCUCACACUCGUAUGGUAGCAUCCUCACGACGCACGUCUUGCGUGAUUCCGAGCUAGGCCCGCAGGUUGAGGGUGUCGUUCUGGUCGACCCGGUGAGCCUGCUGCUCCACCUACCGGAUGUGGCAUACAACUUCACGAGGAGGAUGCCCACGUUCGCCAACGAGUGGCAGCUGUGGUACAUGGCAAGCAUGGACCCAGGCAUCGCCCUGGUCCUGGGGAGGCAUUUCUUCUGGAGGGAGAACAUCAUCUGGAAGGACGAGCUGGUCAGCAGAGGGCCUUUAGGGCAGAGGAGGGCGGCUGUGUGCCUGGCAUCACGGGACCUCAUCGUUGACACGCUGACCGUGGGCCGGUACCUAGAGUUGGCUGUGGCUCUUGGGAGCGGUACCGCCAAUACCACCACAGCGUCCGGCGUGGAGCUGCUCUGGUUCGACUUGGAUCACGCACAGGUGUUCGAUAAACGCCAAGACUACGGUCGCAUCCUGGAUGUCGUGCGGAGGUUCUGUGCCUAA